GACUUGAGUUGAUACGAUCUUGCUUAUCACAAAAGCAACUCUUAUAGUCCAUGCACGUUAAGAUACGACAAGUCCAAACGUUGAUGACCUAACCCCACAAAAUCCCAGCUUUUCCUUUCUAUAAAACUCAAGUCGUCAAACCACGAUUUUAUUUUUGUUUCACAUUUAUAUAUACAUAGGUAUUAUUAUUGAAAUCUGGUUCUUGUGUAUUUGAUUUGCGUGAUGGCCUUGAGAUUUAAUUACGUUGUAGUAUUAGUGUUGCUCCUGAGUGAAAAUUGGAUGGAAUAUGGGAUUUCGCAAGAUGACAUAGAUUUGACAAAGGGGGCAUCAUUUAUUUUUGGAGAUUCAUUGGUUGAUGCCGGAAACAACAACUAUUUGCAGACAUUGUCCAAAGCUGAUAUCACGCCCAAUGGUAUUGAUUUCAAGGCUUCCGAUGGGAAUCCGACCGGCCGCUUCACCAACGGAAGGACCAUCGGGGAUAUAGUCGGGGAGGAGCUAGGGGAGCCGGGUUAUGCGUUGCCGUUUCUCGCCCCCAACACCACCGGAAGCGCUAUAUUAUACGGCGUCAACUAUGCAUCAGGCGGCGGCGGAAUCUUGAAUGCUACAGGAAGUAUCUUUGUAAACAGACUAUCAAUGGACAUUCAAGUAGAUUACUUCAACAUCACAAGGAAAGAAAUUGACAAAGUGUUGGGGGCAUCAGAAGCAAGAGAGUAUCUCCAGAAAAAAUCAAUUUUCUCAAUCACAAUAGGCUCCAAUGAUUUUCUCAACAACUAUCUCCUCCCUGUCAUCUCCAUGGGUGCAAGAAUCUCACAAAACCCAGACGCCUUUGUUGAUGAUAUGAUCAAUCAUCUCAGAACACAACUCACGAGAAUUUACGAAUUGGAUGGGAGGAAGUUCAUAGUGGGGAAUGUGGGGCCAAUCGGGUGCAUCCCUUAUCAGAAAACGAUCAACCAAUUGAGUGAGAAUGAAUGUGUAUCGUUGCCAAACAAGCUUGCACAACAAUACAACGCUAAGUUGAAGGAUCUUCUGCAACAACUAAAUGAGAAUCUUCCUGGAUCCACUUUUCUUUACGCUAAUGUCUAUGAUCUUGUAAUGGAACUCAUCACAAAUUAUGCCAAAUACGGAUUUACAACAGCAAGCAAAGCUUGCUGCGGCAACGGCGGGCAGUACGCCGGAGUAAUUCCAUGCGGGCCGACGUCGAGCUUGUGUUCGGACCGCGACAAGCACGUAUUCUGGGAUCCUUACCACCCCAGCGAGGCUGCUAACCUUAUCAUCGCCAAACAGUUGCUCGACGGCGACCAAAGAUAUAUCUCUCCCAUCAAUCUUCGCCAGCUUCGUGAUCUUUGAAUUUUAUAAAUUUCCACUUUUUUUCUUUUUUCUUUUCCGUUAUUCGAUAUAUAUACGUUACAACUGAGGAAUCUCAUAUAUCUUUGUUUGUUAAUGUAAUUCUUGUUUCUUUUCCUCUUAAUUAACUGAAAAAGUUUGUUAGUU